AUGAUACCGAUCGAACUGGACCUUGGCUAUCGCCUUAUGGCGGAUGAAAAUGAAGAUAUACCUAUCUUUAGGGCCGAGGUGAAACCCCUCAUUCCUGAGCGACGUGCAACCCCAGGAAUACAUAGAUGUAUCAUGAAGAAUGAUUUUGACGCGUUGAAACGAAUCCUGGCCUCAAGGAAGAGGGAAUCCGUCAAUGACUGUGAUCACUUUGGCCGCACUCCGCUCCACAUUGCGAUGCAAAUGGCAAGUCCAAAAGCACUCUAUCUGUUGUUAUACUAUCCUCUUGUACACCAUUCGAAGGUAUUUGCCACGCAAGAUUGGGAUCACUUGUUGGGCCACCCAGCUGAUCGCCAAUCGCAGGAUUGGGACAUUGAUAUCGCAAUGGAUUGUGAUGAAAAGUGUGACCAAAUGGAGUUGGAUAAGGCAUUAGAUCAUACACAUACUGAAAACACGGGGUCACAGAGUACUCUCCUUGCCAAGGACUCCGGGGCGGCUAAAUCCCAAUUACCAUCCAGUGGAAUACGCCGUAAGAGGGUAGAAUGGUCACAAAACGAACAAUGUAGUAAUUUCCAUGGAUUCAACGUUGAUGAGUCAUGGAAACUUGGCACACGCCUGCUGAGGCACUGGGAGGAUUCCCCAAGCAGUUAUAAUAAUUCGAUAUUUGGUUUUGACCGUGGUUCAACAAUAUUUGGUUGUGGACUAAAAGAGGUGGAAACCUUAUACGAAGAGCAUUACAAAUUCUUGAUUGGUGAGCCCCACGAUCUGGAUGUUGCUGCACGUAAGUACUCUGCUAUGUAUGCGGCGUUGUAUGCCAGCCACCCUGCCAAUCUACGCCAUGUCAUGGCAAGUAUGGAAAAGGGAGAGCAGAAUAUCCAUACUAAAAUAACCUUCGAAAGGUCUCACGUAAACCAUCACAAAUCGGCUUUCGUAACAACAUACCCAGCCCCCUCACUCCCAUGUGGGGCUCCGGAUGCUCUGAAACAAAAUAGUGAUGCGCAUGAAACGAGAGAACGUAAAAUGGAGGGAUUCACAGAGAAAGGUGUGGGGAACACGGGUGUUAGUUUAAUCACGGGUGAUUCUAAGUCUCCCAUGCCUUUUCCCAGCUCACGAAAGCCACAGCUGCGCGAGCUGGUGAAUGCUACGCUGACGCGAAAAGAGUUUGUGGCUGUGCCCCUUGUUACCACUGAUCUGUUGUUCACGUACGACAAAACGUCUCCCAUACACCUUCUUUUCUCGAAUAUAUACAUUGAAAGUUAUCGCAAUAACAUAAUCAAGUGCUUCCGCAUACUGUUGCAUUAUUUCGGUAAAUUCUCUGAAUCAGUGGGAAGCUCAGGUUCCUACAAGGAUAUAUCAGGCGAAACUUGCUAUGAAGUGGAUAUGGUGUCGGAGGCCCCCGUUGCACCUAGCACGUCAACUGCCGCAGGUGCAGCAUCUGCGACUGUGGAACUAGACCCACUUCUAGGUCAGACCCAGAAAUCUGAACCUUUAAAUCCUAAAAGGCUUAACUUGACAAGUUGUGGGGUACGCAGCUCGUCACGCAGAGCAUCCAACAGCGCAAAUGUGAACGAAACAGUUGAGAACCACUCCAAGAAGGCAAAAACAGGUUACGGCACCGGUAAUAGUUCCCGUGAGUCAAGACAAGAAACCCGUGGAGAAGCACCAACAGGCAACACGGUGCGUAAGGAUACGGGGGACUCCAAUUGCGCACCGGGAAAUUUAAAAGAAAAGCCGCUAAAUAGCGCGGUUUCACCCGUUACGGAAGCCUGUAAGCGUGUAGAACAUACAAAAUCCCCCCAUACAACUGCGACCGGGUCCUCCCGGUGGGGCUCGGUAGAUGCGGUAGUUGCCAUCGAUGCUGUGAGUGAAUACGCGGCAGCCACAAACGAACAGGGUGUAAAAUUGUUGCCUUGUUCAGGGAAUCCCACACCAAUUAAUGCUUGGGUGAAUAGGGCUAAAGUCACACCAAAUAACCUCAAAGUUCAUCCUAGCAUCAACCAAACACUGUGUGCUGAUGUUAGUAAAAUGGAUGGUAACGCUAUGUCCAGUACUUUCAAAGGUAUCGGUGAUAUAAGGCUUGGGAAGCGUAUGAUUAGGCAUGAGAACUGUUCUCAAAUAUCUGUCAAACCAUCGGACUGCCCGCUUGUGAGCAAGUACUUGGGUGGGCGCCUGGAUUACAAGAUGCAAGAGCUGAAUGAUAUCGUGUCUUCUUCGAGUUGGCUAACUCCUACUGUGUCAUGGGAAACAUUCCUGAAUCAGCGUGAUUAUACCCGAUCUAACCUGUUGCAUAAGGUGUGCCAAAUUAGAGAUGCGGAUUUGAUCAAGUGGUUGUUAGGGUGUGGCUGUAUGCCGCUGGUUGUUAACGAAGUGGGCGACCUACCAGUACACCUCGCAAUGGACUCAAAAGAUCCUGUGUGCCUCAUUACCAUGUUGCAUGAGACUUUAAAGGCGUUGUUUUACCACAGACGUCGUAUGACAGAGAGCAAACAGAAUAAAAACGAAAAGGGGACACGUGUGCCGCAGGAACCAAAGACCAAUGGACACCACCAAAGCGUAUCCUUCGAGCUUUUCAUGAAAAGUAUCAAAUUCUACACGCUUAGUGAAGUACAUGUAAACUCUGUUGCCGGACAUACAGCACAGGUUGCGUCAAUGAUGGGUACCUCGGUUGGCGAUGACAAAAAUAAUUCUCAUUCCGAGGCACCGCGUAUGCCUAUCAAUGAAACAAGCAUGGUGAGCACUGGAGAAUAUGGCCUUUUAAGGGAUGUCGAAUAUGUCGCUAUUUUUGAAGAGAUGAUGAAGCUGAUCGAACAGCUUACAUACAGAGGUAUAAAGGCGGGUGCUUGGGAGGCCAUUGUUGCUAUGUAUUCACAUAAUGAGGGCCUUGCAUUCCACAUAUUAGCGAGCCCACAAUACAUGCAUAGGUUCAUAACGAUGUCUAUAAUGAUUGGGAACUCAAAGCAUUUCAUGGAUAUUGCCACCUUUUUAGCAACAACCCUACUGAAGGCUGAUGGGGUCGAACCAUACAUUAAAUUCUUAGACGGCGGCGACUGUAGCGAUGGGAAAAUAUUGGACAAUGUCGAAAAUGUGUCUAAUGGUGUUGUAACCAUUGGGGACGUCGACGUUGAGCCACGUACUCCCAAACAGACUCAGUCAAGAAACACUACCGUUCUGGGGGGAUUCAAGGGUUGUGCAUUUCCAUCUGUAUCACCAGAGCGUGCCAUUAAUAGCACCACAACUUCAGUUGGAAGUGAUCCAGCGUCGCACGUAACAUGUCCUGAAGUGACGGUGAAACUCGGGGAUGUGGAAUCCGCACUAGAAAACAUGAGAGGCCGUCUACCAAAUCAGGCACCCAUUGCCGACAACAAGUACACAUGGGUUAUCACGCAUCCCACGUGUUUACAUCAUCUAGCGCUCCCUGAACCAACCGAUGCACCUAACAGACGUCACAGGCUUAUUAUGUCAUAUCCUGAAAAUCCCACAAGAUUGGAAGUAAUCAUCACGAAUGAAAAUGGGAUUUUAAGGAGUGACAUUUUAGAACACGUCAAACUGUUGCACAGCCCACCGCCCGCUACUUUGGCAGAUAUUUUGAGGGUACACGACUGGGGGUACAUCGAUAAAUUGCUGAGUCAAGUGCAAACGGCGCAAAAAAGGUGGAUGGGGAACAAUUACUGGCCAGUGCUGGCUGAUGGCGACACUCCGGCAACUCCUCAUUCUUGGAAUUCGGCUAUGUAUGCUGCAGGAUCAGUGAUUGCUGCGGUGGAUGCUGUAUGCAAUGGGCACUGCCGCAAUGCAUUCUGUGCGGUAAGGCCACCCGGACACCACCUCGGCACGUGGGGAGGAGCACAAUCGGCGGGCUUCGAAGAUGAAGAUUUUGCAGCUGGUUCGCAGGGAUUCUGCUUGAUAAACAACGUUGCUGUGGGUGCUGCAUACGCAAAAUACAUGUACGCCAAAAAGGGCAUACGCAAAAUUGCUAUAAUCGACUUCGAUAUACAUCAUGGGAACGGCACUCAUCAAAUCGUUCUAAAUAUUGGGCCGCGAAAUGUUAGAUGCCGACAUGGUUACAAUGGGUCUGUCAACGAUCCCAAGGCACCUCAAUACAGUCACCCACAGUGGUUUGGAUGGAGGGAUGUCCACGAUAGAGAAGAAGUUUUCUUCUCAUCUAUACAUGCAUACGAUGGUGUAUUCUAUCCAGGUACGGGUAAAACGUGUGCGAAGUACAAGGCAUCCGAGCCAAGGAUCAUAAACGUUGGUAUACCAGAGGGCACAACAUCUGCCGAAUUCAAGAUUCUAUUCGAAGGUAAAAUUCUCCCAUAUCUACUGCACUUUCAACCGGAUCUCAUAUUCAUUUCAGCCGGUUUCGACGGUCAUUAUCGCGAUUCUGUUUCAUCGGGUUUCGUUAAAUACAACGAGAAAGAUUUCUACUGGGCCACUGAGCGUCUGGUAGCCGUCGCGAACACCGUCUGUGGUGGCAGGGUAGUCAGCGUUCUGGAGGGUGGGUAUAAUACACGGCUAGAUACGCUUUCGCCAUUUGCUAAAUCGGUGUUUGAGCAUGUAAAGGCGCUAAGCAACACGCAGGAAGGUUUUGUUUACCCAUUCAUGCACUCUCGUAGAACUAUUGACAUGUUGCUCCUUCCGAUGCUAGAUGACAAGCCGCCUACGGCGCCACAGUUGGCAAAUGAGAAUGCCGAUAAUUCAUCUCUCCAAAGAGCAAUAUCGAAGUCUGCCUUCAUCGUUAAAGCCACUGAUCAACUGUUGAGAAAAGCCUAUGGGAUUCCAAGGGUAAAGUGUGCCAAUGGGCCGCCGUUGUUUAUGGCUGUACCCACACAUAUGAUGGGGCUUGAAGCUGUUGCUCAAACAGGAAAUGCCUUCUACAGUUUCUAUUCCAAGCACUUCCAUUCGCUUUUCAUGGCUGACACGUACUUAGGGUCGAGAGAAUACGUCCUUUCUGUCCUACACCACCUACCUGCGAUCGUCCAUGAUGUUUUUACCUUCGACAAGUGCUUGGGUAUCAGGACGAUUGGAAACAGCACAGGCGGAUCACUGUUUUCAUACUCGGGAGAAUCGGUAACCAUGUCGAAGAUUGCCUCGAACUUCAUCCUGCAGGUUGCUAACGCAGGAAACGAGGGACGCAUCGAGCAAAGAUUUGGCUCCAAUGCUUGGGCCAUGAGCAUUAAAAUGAAGUCUCUAGAACGACACGCAACGGCAGCCGCGCUCCUGUGUGGAUUCUUUCAGAAGUUUGAGUACCUAUUCAAGUGUGAAUGCAUAUUGCACUGA